GCUCAGCUAAAGUUUCCAAAAAAGUUAGAAUAACUUCCUCUCUCCAAGACCUCAAUUUUUUGCACAGCCCGGUCCUUGAAAUAAGAUCCCUUCAAGAGACCUGGAAAACGUUUGCUCAGCAAAACCCUUUCUGUUUUUCCAAAGGCUGUGUCUCUGGAAUUUAAAACACACUUUUAAAAUACACAGAGAGACACCCACCAUUUGAGGAGGGGGGAGAAUUCCUUUUUGCCUCCCUCCCUCCCGCCCUCCCUUCCUUGCAGAAAGAAUGGAAGAAAGUUCUAGUUCUCCUGUUUCUCCUGUGGGCAGCUUAGGGACCAGCGAAGAGGAGCUGGAGAGGCAGCCAAAGAGAUUUGGGAGGAAGAGGAGAUGCAGUAAGAAGUCCAGUGAAGAUGGAAGCCCGACCCCAAGCAAAAGGGGAAAGAAGUCCAGCCCGGGAGCCCAGUCCUAUGAGGAGCUCCAAAGCCAACGGAUUCUGGCUAACGUCCGAGAGAGGCAGAGGACUCAAUCUCUCAACGAAGCAUUUGCUGCCUUAAGGAAAAUCAUCCCUACCCUACCUUCUGACAAACUCAGUAAAAUCCAGACUCUCAAACUGGCUUCCAGGUACAUAGACUUCCUCUACCAGGUGCUCCAGAGCGAUGAGAUGGACAGUAAGAUGACCAGUUGCAGCUAUGUGGCUCACGAGAGGCUCAGUUAUGCCUUUUCGGUGUGGAGGAUGGAAGGCGCUUGGUCCAUGUCCACCUCACACUAGUCGGCGGUAUCCGGGUGAAGACAGCGCAACUGCCAAAUUGGCUGUCCAGUUUUGAAGACUGGAGUGGAGCUGAAACAUAUAUAUAUGUAUGUUUGUGGCUUGUGAAACCUUAAUAACCUCAAGAGAACUGGUCUGAGGAACCAUUUGACUUCCCUUGCUUUGAACUCCUGCAGAGACUUUGGAGAGAACAGCAAGCAACACAGUACCGAAGCUAAGACGCUGGAUAUCCUGCAAUGUCUCUCCCCGAGAGACUGGACUAACACACAAAGAGCUUAUUCAAGUUUGUGUUUAUUUGUUGGAGCUCGCUCUCUUUUCUUUUGUGUAUGUAUGUCUCUGUAUGUGUGUUUAAAAAAAAGAAAUCAGGAACACAUUAUUGAGAAAUCCUUCCUUUGGAUUUUGUGUUAUCUUUGUGUUUUUCGUCUAUAGUUUAAUUAAACUCAUGUUGUUUAAACUAAUAUAAAAAAACUGGACCAAGGCUUUUCGGAAAAACAAAAUUUCCAAAUUCUGCACAUUUUUUUCGGCGAAAGAAGCCUGGAAUAUAGAUUCGUCUCGACAUCCUUAGCACCAUGUUCUUACUGGUUUGCUUCAGCUAAUCCUCUCUCUUAUGCAAGUUGUCCUGUGCAGGUGUGAUGGUUUAGGAUUUGAUUUAUUUAUUAAGAUGUUUUUAAACCAAAGACUGCAACAGUGUGUACACUGCUUCUCUGGCUCAUAAAUGUUUUUUUUUUAAAUAA